AGGUACUUGAGAUGGUAAACGGAGCGUCGGGUUGCACUUCCAUGUUCGGAUUGUCUGGACCCCUGAAUCGCUUCUCGGAAUUAUUCCUAAAACUCACUAGGCUAUCUGCAUUCCUCAUCGAAUUUCUAAUCCAAAUUCUAAUUCACCAAAUCGUAGGGCGCCUGCAAUGCUAAUGCAAUCCUAAGGUAUAAUGACACCUACUUAAGAUAAGAACUAUACUUCGUAGUGGACGGUCUCUAAUCCCUACAUUUACGCCCUACAUUAUGUAGGCAUCCGUAUUAAUCCUUUUUCUUGUCUUACUCCAUCUUCGGAAUUGUACAUACUUCAUCUUAAACAGUAGGUAUACACAAUCGUAAUAUCUAUCUUAAUCGAGAAUCGUUGGCUUAGGCUCACGAUGGAGACGUCCAAUCAUACCAUUGUCGGCACGGCACCGCCGUUGCCGAAAGAUAUGUCUCACCACUAUUCAGAUGUAACGAAGGCUCGGGCCCCAAGUAGAAUGAAGGAAUUCUAUAAGUACUUCCUAAUACCAAACAUCGGUCAACUCGCAGGUGGUCUCCCUAGUGCCCAACUCUUCCCCUUCGACACCUUGGAAGCCCAGACCGCGAAACCGGAUCGAUGGACCCCGACACCCAACUAUCCGGACCCCGAUGGCACGCUAUCUUCCCAACUAGCCGCAACGUCCAUCUCAAAACGGGCCGUAGCCUCACAUGUCGUCGUACCUCACGAUGCCCCGGCCUCAGACCCGAGGAAGAAGAUAGAUCUCGCUUCUGCCUUACAAUACGGCCAGGCUGAUGGAUACCCGCCGCUGCUUUCCUUCGUCCGCGAAUUCACGCGGGAUUACCUACAUCCAAAUGUGCCUUAUAGAGGCGGGCCGGAGGUUAUAUUCACAGUCGGUUCAACAGACGGCAUGUCCAAGACAUUGGAGGUAUUCAGCAACGUUUGGGCAGAAGGGAAGAAUGACAUCCGGGAGCGACCAGGCUUGCUGUGCGAAGUUUUUAUGUACGCCAAUGUGCUCACUCAGGCGCAACCUCGAGGGAUCCAAGCCGUACCCAUUGAAAUGGAUGAUGGGGGUAUGUUGCCGUAUGGUCCUGGAAGUUUGGAGGAUACCCUUGCAAACUGGGAUCACAGCAAGGGGAAACGUCCGCACUUGCUGUAUACCGUAACAAUGGGUCAUAACCCAACAAGUGGCGUCUUGUCUCUCGAGAGGAGGAGGGAAUUGUACUCGAUCUGCAGCAAAUACGACGUCAUCAUCAUCGAGGAUGACCCUUAUUGGUACCUCCAGUACCCUUCGGCGGCGGUUGAGGAGGCAAAAGCGAGAGGUUUACCCAUCCCUGAACCAAAAGUAGCGAAUACCCUUGAAAGGAAAUCUGGGUAUGAAUACCUGGAUUCUCUUGCGCCAUCAUUCCUGAGUAUCGAUAUAGACGGACGGGUUGUGAGAUUAGACACUUUCUCCAAGACCGUAGCUCCUGGUUGCCGGAUGGGAUGGAUUACCUCGAGCCCGGCGAUUUGUGAGCGUAUCCUCCGUGUUAGUGAGACAGGCACACAGCAGCCCUCCGGUUUCGUCCAGGUUGUAGUCGCCGAGACUAUCAUGGGACCGCAACCCGAGGCAUCACCUGCAUUUGCAGCCCGAUCCGCGAAGCAUCGGGCCACUUUCAGCGGCUGGAAAAUGGAUGGCUGGGUGCGAUGGCUCGCCGGUCUGCGGGGCCAGUACGAGAGGCGCAUGAAUCGAAUGUCCAAGAUCCUCGAAGAGAAUGCGUACCAACUAAAACAGUCGACACCUAUGCGCGAGUCCGACUCCGAUUGGGGCGUCAUCACCAAGACCCAGCUCUACGACUUCCAAUGGCCCCGCGGCGGCAUGUUUCUGUGGCUGCGCAUGCGCUUCGAGACGCACCCGCUGUGGAAAGCCGCCGGGUCCCGCGGCAACAUUAUCAACGGUGUUGCGCUGUCUACCGCGCUUAUGAUCUUCCUCACGCGCAAGCCGUUCCGAGUCCUAGUCAGCCCAGGUCUAAUGUUCAGCGCGACCGAGAAAAUCCGCAACGAGCGCGGCUGGGCGUAUUACAGACUAUGCUUCGCGGCCGAGACAGAGGAGAACAUCGACAAGUGCUCCCUGCGCUUCGGCCAGGGCGUCCAAAGGUUCUGGCGCAUUAAGAAUGUGAAAGAGCUCGAGGCCAUACUUGAUGAUGCUAGUGCGGCGCAGACGCAGGAGCAGGAUGAGGCGGGUCUGGUGAAUUUGGGGAGUUGGAUGGGAUGCUAGGGUUUUGCACGGAUAUAAAGGAGAUGUAGACGAGUUGGGAGGUCGGAGUUGUAAGAUAUAUCACGUGCAUGACUUGAAUGAGCAGCAUCGUGAAAUAUAGCUGCUCAUGAAGUCAAAUUAUGGAUAUAUCAGGUACCAUUCGGGUAUAUAUUUACUUUGGGGAUAGAACACAAUUCAAUUUAGAAUGAAUAUAACGA